AUGAGCAACGAUAGCGACACCAGUGCAGAUUUCCUCGAAGAGGAUACUUCGACGGAGGAAGAUAGCGACGGCGAGGACUCACCCAAGAAGAAGAAGACCGCCAAGAAGAAGCCAAAACAAACCCAACAAACCUGGGAUGCUACUAGUGCUGAUUCUGUGCUGAUUGCCAAAGCUGUUCUUGAGGGCAAGUGCAACUCAAACGACUUCAAGUCCGUCCGAAAGGCUGUGCCACAAGUUGAGAAGUGGAUCAAGGACGAGAGAUACGGACGAAACACUCUCGACAAAAUUCGACGCAACAGCCGCAAGCUCAUCAGGAACAUCCACAUCUAUUUGAUCACUGGUAACGGCUUCUUGGGAGACACAGAGUUCUUGAAAGCCACCCAGCUGAAAGGACGCGGCGGCAAGGAGAUCAACGGACUCCCCGGGCCGAGCCAGUACAGUAGUCGGCGGCGAUGCUGCGGAGCAACCACCACCACCACAGUUGUGGAACAGCCUCCGGCGGCAAUGGAUUUGGUCGGCGGCGUCGCUGCGCUGGAUCUGAACCUUGGAGGUGGUGAUCUUCCAUUCGAUCAGCUUGUUCUUCGUCCCAUGUUCACCGUCCAAGACAAGCUGGAUCCAGUCAUCAGUUAUGCACCAAAGCGUCCACUCUUGUGCUGCACCAUGGCUCUUCCUGGGGGCAUCACUUGGGAGGACAUCGAAGUGUCCAUCGUGGACGCUGGUCAAGCACUCCUCUUUCGGUUGCACAUUCCACUCUCAAUGAGGAUUGCCAAGAACAUCAUCGGUCCGAUUGCACUUGAGGACACGGAUUAUCACGACCUCAUCAAAUCCUCACUCAAGAAACUUCCCAAUGUGGUGGAGCGGAAGAUCAAAAUGCCUUUCCAGUGCGAGCAAGUCUUCCGGUGGCCUGACAACCAGCUGCCAUUUGCGGAGCCCAACAACUACAUGCGCCGCUGGUAUCGGCAGGAACAGUCUGGAACUGUUCCGUACAUUCACCACUUUGGCAAGUGCUGUGUCUUCUCAACCAUGAAAUCCAAUGACGAUGAGGAGUACCGCCUCAAAGAUCGCUAUGAAGCGGAGAAUUUUACUGACUUUGAUGCUGAACCGGCUACCCCACCAAGCCGUACUUCAACCAGCGUCCCCAGCGUCAGCAAGGGCAAGAAGUCAUCCAAGAAGUCAUCCAAGAAGAACCGCGACAGCUCCCUGUAUGAUAACUUGUCUCUCGAGGAACAGAAGCGCCGACAGCAGGAAUGGGCUGAUCAUUUGAUGAGCGACGCAGCUCCGGCUCAGUAUGACCGAGAGCGAGCUCAGAUGCAGCAACAGAUGCAGCAGCAGGCAGCUGCUCCUGUUCCUGCUUCUGCCCCUUCGUUCAACUUUCCAGUUGCCGCGCCGGCUCCAGCCGUUCGGAAGAAGCGAAGCAAGGAGUCACCACCUACAGUCUUUGGCCAAGGGCAACCAAUUAAGAAGCGGAGCUUUGAUGAGGAUGAUGGUGGUGGCACCAACGAAGAGUUGAUCUAUGAAGACGAGAAUGAAGUGACACUCUCAACAGAUAGUAGCAGUGGCAGUGGUAGCAGCAGUGACAGUGGAACGGAUAGCGAUGACGACGAGAUCCGAGGUGUCUAGAGGUCUGACAGAGGAAACACAACAAUUGACAAAGUGGCAUGAGCCUAUUAUUGGACCGAGACGUAUUGGAGACAGUAUUGGAGAUGAAGAAAUCAAAACACAAGAUAGUUAUCUACUCUGAGUAACAGUAUUCUAGUUAUUCCAUUCUAUCCUAUUGGUGUCGUUACCUCACUAGAAGUGUUGGAAAAGACGUAGCUUACCCUCUACCCCAGGAAGUGUGCCAG